AUGCCUAGACUCGUGACAUCCAAGCCUUCGGAAGUGGUCAAGAUUCUUCAGACAACACUGCGACAAAGUACCUUCCUCCACCUUCCUCUUCCAGAGCAGCUCCACAGAGCUACUGCAAAUAUCAUAGAGCCUACCGGCGAAUCUGAUAAUCCCCUGAGGUUUACAUCGGGGUUGGUAGUGGCACUGGAUGUUGACGCAACCCUGGAACACGUGCAGGAUCCCCAGGGAACCGUUAAAGUUCAGGUAUUGUAUCCCGAUGGACAAGCACAGCUAAUCCAUCCUAAACCAGCGGAUUUCCGAAAUCCCGGUCCUGGGAGGCACAGGCUGAUAACUCAGGUUUACCUCUCACACACAGCCUGGACAGAGCCGUGUCAGAUCGAAGUGCGGUUGCUGCUGGCUUACAAUUCCAACAGGAGCAAGGCAUCUACUAAAAUUCCUAAAUCUACCUGGAAUGAGAGCUUGGAGGCUCUCCCGCAACCGGAAAAUGGCAUAGAGGGGACCAUUCCCUUCAGCAAGCCCGUCAAAGUCUACAUAAUGCCCAAACCUGCCAGACGGUGAAGCCUGUUGCUAAAAGUAUUUAUGGGAUUGUUGGCUGCGUGAGGAGAACGUGCUGUGUUCCGAG